AUUUUCUUCUUUUCUCAAGCUUACCAUGAACCCAAUCGAUCAAAUGCGCGCUCAGGUGUGCAAAGAACUCAAUGGUGCUAUCACCAUUGUUGUUCUUGGUGCUUCAGGAGACCUCGCAAAAAAGAAGACUUACCCCGCCUUGUUCCGCCUGUUCCACUAUGGGUUCUUACCCGAAAACACAUUUAUUGUUGGCUAUGCUCGUUCAAAGAUGACUCACGAAGAAUAUCUUGAUCGUAUUACGCGUUUCAUCAAGGUCAAGGGUGCUGAAGAAGACAUUGAGAAGUUCAAGAAAAUUACUUCGUACCACCAGGGACAGUAUGAUGAUGACAAGUCCUUCCAGUCUCUCAAUGACUAUCUCAAAACUCUCGAGAAAGAACGUGGAAUAGAUGUCGGAAAGCGAAACCGGAUGUUUUAUAUGGCUCUUCCUCCCUCUGUUUUCAUCCCAGUAGCCCACGGACUGAAGAAGAAUGUGUAUGCCAAGGAAGGCUCUACAAGAGUAGUUGUAGAGAAGCCAUUUGGUAUGGAUUCCGCUAGCUCCAAGCACUUGGCUCAGUCUCUUGCGCAGUGCUUUUCCGAGGAAGAGGUUUAUCGCAUUGACCAUUAUCUGGGCAAGGAGAUGGUCAAGAACUUGAUGGUGGUUCGAUUUGCCAACAUCUUCUUUUCUCAGAUCUGGGACCGCAAGUACAUUGAUAGUGUUCAGAUCACGUUCAAAGAGCCGUUUGGUUCCGAGGGACGAGGAGGAUACUUUGAUGAGUUUGGUAUUAUUCGAGAUGUGAUUCAGAACCACCUUUUGCAGGUGCUGUCUCUCGUUGCUAUGGAGCGUCCUAUUUCCACAGAAGCCGAGGCUAUUCGUGAUGAGAAGGUCAAGGUACUCAAAUGCAUUCCUCCCAUUGAAUUAUCCGAUGCUCUUUUGGGACAAUAUGUGGCUGCCAAUGGAAAGCCUGGUUAUCUUGAGGACGAGACUUUGAAAGACAAGAAUAGUUUGACACCCACAUUUGCAGCACUGGUGUGCUGGGUUCAGAAUGAGCGAUGGGAAGGUGUGCCAUUUAUCUUGAAGGCAGGCAAGGCCCUGAAUGAUGCAAAGGUGGAGAUUAGAAUCCAAUUCCGAAAUGUAGCGGGCAAUCUGUACAAGGGUGCAGCCCGCAAUGAGCUUGUGUUGCGAGUCCAACCAGAAGAGGCAGUCUACAUCAAGUUCAACAACAAGGAACCCGGUUUGUCGUACCACACCAUCCAGACCGACCUCGACUUGUCCUAUCAUAGCCGAUACAAGGAUCUUGAGAUUCCUGAUGCAUAUGAUUCCCUAUUAUUGGAUGUGAUGCGUAGAGAUCACUCAAACUUUGUACGUUCUGAUGAACUUGAGGCAGCAUGGAAGAUCUUUACGCCCUUGUUGCACAAAAUUGAUGGAAGAGAGGGGGUUAAGAUUGAGAAUUAUGCAUAUGGCUCAAGAGGACCAGCUCAGUUGGAUGGGUUUGUAAAGCGUUAUGGUUAUGAUAAAUCUGAAGCUCAUUAUGCAUGGCCCAUUCAGAAGGUUGGCCCUUCAAAAGAACAAUAAAAAAAACAGCGACUUCUUUGAACCUUUUGAUUUAAAUAUGUUUUCUUUCUUUCUUGUGUGUAUGAUUAUAAAUAUGUGGGAGUGUAGGUGUAAAUAAAUAAAUAAAUAAAUAAAUAUAUAUAUAUAAAAAUAAAAAUAAAAGUUAAAUAGUG